AUGUAUCCCAAAGCACUCCUUGCCUUCCUUGCCACCUUCCUCCUCUUCUUCACCACCCUCGCCAGCCCCAUCCUCGACGCCCGCCAGGACCAAGGCAUCGUCACAUUCGACGCCGGCGACGCCUCCGAAAGCCAGGGAACCACCGAAACAAGCACUGGCACGAACACGCUCAGCAGCUCGACCGUAGACUGGUACCAGAUAUGGUUCUACCAGUACAACAGAAGCCUCUGGUGCAACAAGUACUGCUGCAACUUCCACCUCAUUGCCUACACCUGGGUUGUGGGGUAUCCGUCGGCUGUCAUCUGGUCUGGCCCUCAGUGCACCGGGACUCCUACUUACCUUUCUGGCCUGGAUUACCCUGUUUUCCUUUCCGGGGAGUACUACUCUAUGUCAUACUAG